CCAGAGCUGAGGCGGCCGCUGCCCUCGCGCCCGUGCCGUCGUCGGCGUCGAUCGCAGUGCGCUGGGCAGCCGCGCGGGGGUUCCUCACAGAGCGAGCCAAGUUCUUAACAGGGGAAGAAGGGGGAAAGGAAAGCGGGCAAGAAAGCUGACGGGGCGGCGGAGAGAGAGAGUGUGUGUGUGAGAGAGAGAGAAAGAGAGAGGGGGGAGGAUUCGGAAGGCGGCGCGCGCGCCUCUCUGUCCGCGCGCGCCUCUAGAGGGAGCAAGGAGGAGGCGGCGGCGGGCGCUGCUGCUGCUGCUGCUACGACGACUGCUACUCCUCGGUCGGCGUCCCUUCCCUUCUCUCCUUCCUCCCUCCCUCCCUCCCCGACCGGAGUGUCCUCUCUUUACCUACCCACCCACCCUCUCCGCCUCCUCCCGGAUUGAGCGAGCGAGGGAGCAGCGAUGGCGGCCGCCGGGGCUCUCUCCAAGCAUGAACAGAUCCUGGUCCUCGAUCCGCCCACCGACCUCAAAUUCAAAGGUCCCUUCACAGAUGUAGUCACUACAAAUCUUAAAUUACGAAAUCCAUCAGACAGAAAAGUAUGUUUUAAAGUGAAGACUACAGCACCUCGUCGAUACUGUGUGAGGCCAAACAGUGGAAUUAUUGACCCAGGUUCUUCUGUAACUGUAUCAGUGAUGUUACAGCCUUUUGACUAUGAUCCAAAUGAGAAGAGUAAACAUAAGUUUAUGGUACAGACAAUCUUUGCCCCCUCAAACAUUACAGAUAUGGAAGCAGUGUGGAAGGAUGCAAAGUCUGAUGACUUAAUGGACUCCAAAUUGAGAUGUGUAUUUGAAAUGCCUAAUGAAAAUGAUAAGCUGCAGAGAGGGUUUGCAGAGCCUAAUCCUUUAGCCGUUGGUUUAGUCACUCCCCUAAGUCUUGCAAUGCGAGAUCUGCUGAGUGCUGAGGGCAUGUCUCAGCUUCCACCUCAGACUUUAUCUUCAUCAGGAUCCGUACACAUAACUCCAUCCAACUGCAAGAAUCUUCAGAUACCUGCAAGUUAUAGCCAGAAGAUUGACAUGAUGGAGCAAGGCAGUGAGGUCAAACACAAGUUGAAUCAGAAUGACAUAGAUGCAAGCAAAUCUGCUCCAAUACUGAAUACAGCUAAACAGGAUGGUCCAAUGCCAAAACCACACAGUGUUUCGCUUAAUGACACCGAAACAAGGAAGCUAGUGGAAGAAUGCAAAAGACUUCAGGCGGAUGUGGUGAAACUAUCAGAGGAAAACAGACACCUGAGAGAUGAAGGUUUGAGGCUGAGAAAGGUGGCACACUUGGAUAAACCUGGAACAUCAGGCCUGGCUCUCCGAGAUAAUGUCUCCAAUCCUCUUCCCUCACUUCUUGUUGUAAUUGCAGCCAUUUUCAUUGGAUUCUUUUUAGGGAAAUUCAUCUUGUAGAGAGGGGAAAAAGAGAGAGAAGCAUGCAGCAGAAUGCAGCUUCCUUUUUUUUCUUGGCCAGAAAAAAAUGUAUUUACCUACCACUUCAUUGGUAGUAUGGCCCCAAGUGACCAUUAUUGUGUACAGCAUCAUACAGGCUUUGCCUCUAAUGAUCUUGCACGGUUAGACAACACAAUAAAAAGACAAACUGGUCGGCUGCUGGACAAAUUGUAUAUUAAUUCAUCAAUAGCAGGUGUCAGUUGCACAUUCAGUCCUUUAUGAAAAGUCAUACAUAAAUAAAGAAUUGUUCUUUCUUUCUGUGGUUUUAAUAAGAGUUCAAAAAUUGUUCAGAGUCUUGUAAAUGUUAUUUUAAUAAUCCUUUAAAAAUUAUCUGUUGCUCUUGCCUCUUGGAAAAUGAUUAUUAGAAUGUUAAUCCCACUUGUUCAGGAAUAUGAUGAGGCAUUCUGCGGGGAAAUGAUUCCUCUUAGUGUGUAAAUUUUAUCCUUUACCUUACUUUGCUAAUAUCAUGGCAGAAUUUCUUACCCCUUGUGAGGCAGUUGUUAAAGUUUUCAUCCUUACAGCCCUGUCCCAUGGUAUUUAACAUACAAAAAAAUAAAACUGUUAACAUACUUUA